AAAAAAAAACACGCUGUCACCGUCAAGCGUCUGCAACAGAAGAAUUUUUUAGGGUUUGGUGUUUUAUGUUGCUAAACUAUUUGUAUGAACGAUACUAGUUAUUAAAUUUUAAUGUUAAAUGUCUACAAUGGCAAACAGAAAUCCAGAGGAUAGUUUUACUACGCCGAAAGCAAAAAUACCAGGACUUCCCGAUUAUGGAUGGCGUGUCAAUCUCGAUCACCAGUUUACAGAAAAAUGCAAGCCUUUUCAGUCGCCGAGAUUAAGUCAAAUUCCGUCUUUAGUCGGCCUAGGGUUAAGGUACACUCAUCAUACAUUAAAAUGUUACAUGAAAGGGCGUCGUCCUCACAUGGACUUUGUGAAUCCUGUAUUGCAUAAACCAAUAUAUGGAUCACCUCUUGGUGGAAUAGGAUCUGGAACAAUUGGACGUGGAUAUCGUGGGGAAUUUUGUAGGUUUCAUAUGGUACCAGGAAUAUAUGAUUAUCAUACAGUCCAAGCUGAUGCUUUUAUUUUGUGUAUACGUAAAAAUGGAGAGACUGUUUACCAGAAGGUAUUGACUGGUCACAGAGUUAGUAAAUCAUUGAAGUCUUGGCAGUGGGAAUUUCCUCAAGGUCUAGGUCGAGCCACCUACCAGACACUGUACCCUCGUGCAUGGACUGUGUAUAAUAUUCCAGAAUUUAAACUUAGAUUGAUCUGCAGACAGAUUUCACCAAUAAUCCCUCAUGAUUACAAGGACUCCUCUUUUCCUAUGACUGCAUUUAUAUGGGAGGUAGAGAAUCAGGGGACAGAAAGUUUAGAUGUUAGCAUCACAUUCUCAUUUAAGAAUGGAACAGGUGGAAAAAGGGAUCAUGCAGGUGGAUGUUGGACAGAAUCAUUUGAGAACAAAGAAGAUGAAAGCACUACCUCAGGUGUAAUGAUCCAUCAAACUAUGUAUGAUAUGUCAUGUACAUAUGCUAUAGCUGCAGUCAAAAAGGAUGGUGUAGACGUGAGUCAUUGUCUGAACUUUGACCCCCAUGGUGCAGGCACUGAAGUAUGGAAUGAACUAAACUCUCAUGGAAAACUGGAUUCCAAAGAAGGAACAAGUGAGAAGACAAGGAAAGGUAAAGAGAUUGGAGCAGCAGUAUCAUCAAUGUGUACAGUAGCUGGGGGUUCAACAAACACUCUUGAAUUUAGUCUCGUCUGGGACAUGCCAGUUGUUAUAUUCAGGUCAAAGGAAGUGCAAUAUACAAGGCGUUAUGCACGUUGGUUUGGGAAGUCAAGAGACAAGACUCCACAAAUGUCAAGCUACUGUCUACAAAAUUACAAAAUGUGGGAGGAGAAGAUUGAAGCCUGGCAAAAUCCCAUAUUAAAUUGCAGUGAAAUACCCAACUGGUACAAGUCAUUUUUAUUCAAUGAGUUAUAUUAUGUGGCUGAUGGUGGCACUGUUUGGCUUGAUGCAAUGUUCGAUGAUGGUGAGGGGGAAGUAGAAGACAAGUCUGAAGUACAUUCCAUUGUGCAGGAGUUUGGAAAAUUUGCCUAUCUUGAAGGUCAUGAAUACCGCAUGUAUAACACCUAUGAUGUUCAUUUCUAUGCAUCAUUUGCUCUGAUCAUGUUAUGGCCCAAGCUGCAACUCUCACUACAAUAUGAUCUAGGUAAAGCUGUAAUAUCAGAAGACCAGGAACGGAUGAAGUUCUGUAUGGGUGGUUCAGUGGGCGACCGCAAAGUUUUAAACACAGUACCUCAUGAUAUGGGAGAUCCAGAGGAUGAACCAUGGGUUAGAGUGAAUUCCUACAACAUACAUCCAACAGUAGACUGGAAGGAUUUGAAUCUCAAGUUUGUUCUUCAAGUGUACAGAGAUUACUUCGCCACGGAUGAUAAAGCCUACCUUGAGUACAUGUAUCCAAUUAUGAAGGUUUUGAUGGAGAGAUCAUUACAAUGGGAUAAAGACAACGAUGGUCUUAUAGAAAAUGGUGGAUUUGCUGACCAAACUUUUGAUGCCUGGGUUGUUCAUGGAGCCAGUGCAUAUUGUGGGGGUUUAUGGCUUUGUGCUUUAAGAAUGUUUGUGGAAUCAGCAAAAAUUCUAAAUGAGAAAGAAGACCUGGAAAAGUACACAACUAUUCUAAAUAAAGCCAAAGAAUCAUAUGAAAUAAAACUGUGGAAUGGUCAUUACUACAACUAUGACUGUAGUACAUGUGGUAACCAUGACAGCAUUAUGGCUGACCAGCUAGCUGGUAACUGGUACAUGAAGGCAUCCGGCAUCAUUGAUAAUACGGUAUUCCCAGAGGAUCAUGUAAAGACAGCAUUGAAAACUGUUUUCAAGAGCAAUGUGAUGGGCUUUGCGGAUGGAAACAUGGGAGCUAUCAAUGGAACACGACCAGAUGGUCAGAAGGAUAUAACUAGCUGUCAGUCAGAGGAAUUCUGGACAGGCGUUACAUCAGGUCUGGCUGCACAAAUGGUUCAAGAGGGCAUGUUAGACGAGGCAUUUAAGACGGCAUGGGGAAAUUAUAAUGUCUGCUGGGAAUGGCUUGGAUUCAUGUUUCAGUCCCCUGAAGCAUACAUGACAAGUAAACAUUUCCGUUCAUUGGGCUACAUGCGGGCAUUGGCUGUGUGGUCGAUACAGUGGGCCUUGGAAAAAUAUCAUCCUCAUCUGUUUAAAAGUUGAUGAUCUGUGAUCUUUAGAUAGAUAGAUAGUUAACAACAAAUAGGUAGAAAAUAUUUGGUAUAGAACAUUAACUUUGGAUUUAUAGGAAAAUCAUUCAUCAGGGAUUAACCAAAGAUGUAUUUCGUCUUUUUAAGUUUUUCAAGAGUUGAAUGAAUUUUAUUUCUUAAAAUUAUGUUAUCCUUUCAUCCUUGAAAUCCAACAAUUGAAAGCUUUAGACUUUGGUAACUUGAAGUCCAAAUUUCUUUGAUCUUUUGAUUUUAUAAUGAUAAUAUAUGUCUUUCUGUAUGUUGUGAAUUAAUUGUUUCACAAAUGUAAGACACAGUGUGAUCAUUUUUAUUUUUUUUACUCUUCUUUCUGGCUGUUGGUUUAAAUGGACAUUUUAAUUUUUCUAUAUAAGGUAACUAUAUAGCUAGUUAAUGGAAGAUCUAUUGCAAAGCCCAACUUUGCCUAAAAUAAUGCUCAUGUUGGGGCAUAUAUUAUCAGCAUCUAUUUUUAUAAAUCUGGUAAAUCCCCAUAUUAUUGUAACAUAGUCACCUAAACUUACUUAAAUCCCACCUAAAUUAUGUAACAUUUUUAUGGAUGAUAUGGGUUAAGUCAAGUUACAAACUUAAGAUAUAAAUUGUACUGUACUUCUAGCUUGAAAGUUAAAGGCACUUUAUGCCUCAUAAACAAAUAAAUUUUAAUUUUUUAGAAGAGACAAACUUGAAAUUUAUAAUAUUGAAAUACAGGUAACUGUUUUAGAGCAUGUUAGAUGUUUGUUACCUGAAAAAAGUAUCUAGUGAUGAAUAUGAAAUAAUUUGUGAUGAAAGUAGCUAAAUGUAAAUAAAGUGGUAUUUUGACUUCCAAAGGUUUUGAGUUAUAAAAAUAAAAACAUACCUGACACAUAAUAGGUCUUAAAUAAUAUGAACAUUUGUUAUUGCUAUCCUGUAUGUUUAGAUAUUUUAGCAUGACUAUUUUAAAAGUUGUAUAAUUUUGCUGUACAUCUCUGUGUUGGUGUAUGAGUAAAACAUAUCAUAAAAGUUUUACACACAUCUUCAUUUCUCAUUAACCACUGAAGGUACUCGUUUGAAAUAUUACACAUCUUCAGGGUCACGAUUGUGGGUCACUGUUUAAGACCCACAACUCUAAACAUGGAACUUUACAGACUUAUACCUUUCUGAACUGAGAGGGUCUUAACCUCUUACCAUGCUAAAUAUCUUAAAAUGACCUAGCCCUUCUUUUAUUCUGGACAAAACUGUUAAUUAUUUUUUUAAUCUGGAGAAAAUUUUGAAAUAUAUACUGGCUGUAUAAAGAACAGUCAAGACCAUGAUCAUACGGCACAGAGGUGCUGGCUAAUCUUGGUAUAUACUUGUCAUAUGGGUAGAUACAGUCGCUGCCAGCAUAUUUGCAGGAGGCAAGUUAAUUUCAAGUUGCAGUAAUUAAAUUAAUCAUGAUCUCAAUUUUUUUUUUUUAGGAUUAAUAAUUUAUAUUGUCCAAUGAAAUAAUAGAGUUUAUAGAAAUGAACCAUCGGCCAAUUACAUAGUUUUUUUUUAUGAAAAACAUGUGAAAAUUGUGUCAGUUAUUUUUAUCUAAGAUGCUUCUUUAAUGUAAAGAAUCGUCUGUUUUUAAUUGAUAGUUCAGUAAUAUAACUUAACUACGGAAGUUUAGUGGUUGUGCUAUAUUCAAUCAAAAUUAUAAUAUACCUAGCAUUAUAUAUAUAUUUAUCUAUGCAGUCUAUAAUGAUCUUUAACUAUCACUCAAAAUGUCAAUAUUGCUAAGAAACAGCAUUUAUUAGUAAAGCUCAUUAUUCAAUGCUUUGUCAGAAACACAUCAUGUACAUGUAUAUAAAGUGUUUUGUUAAUCUCUUACUAUUGAUAGUCAAUUACUAUGAAUUAUCUUUCAUUUUCAACUACAGUAGUCCUGCCUUUUUAUACCUUUAUCAAUUAUUAAUGAUAAGCUAUAGUAUUCACAACUACCUUUUUAAAUCUUGAUAUGCAUAUUAUAAAUAUUUAGGUCAUAGAAUAUUAGACAAAGUUCUAACACAAGCUCUUCUUUAAAGUUUUGAAAUUUUGAAAAAUUUAUGAUGUCUAGAACUGAUUCAAAUGUUGUAUAUUUGGGUUUUUUUUGUCCCCUUUUUUCUUGCACAUACAUGUAUACUUAUUACAUUUCUAGCUUGUUAUAUUUUCAUAUGAUCAAACUCAGUUUGACAACAUUUUAGCACAGGUAUAGUUAAACAUUAGGCAUUUUUUUAAAAUUCUAAUACCUCUUUUGCUAAAUUCUGUAUAGCAUUCUAUUUUUGAUAUUUUGUUCACUUCUAAGGCAAUUUUCUUUAAUCUUAUACUUCUUUUGAUAUGUUCUAGCAUUCUGUAAAUUUCUUCAUUUCUUUUUUAAUGUCAAUCAUGUAUAUGUAACCUGUUUUCUCUUCUGACAAUGCUUUUAACUUUUUUUAUUGUAAAUUUGUAAUUUUGAGAGGUGAUCAUUGAGAGAAUAGAGUGAAUGUUUCACUGGUAUUCUUAAUAUAUCUGCAAUAUUAUGUUAUAUGUAUAGUUUAAUUUCUUAUUAUACAUAUGUAUAUGUUUAUUACUUAAUAUAUGUGAUUAUACAGGUGUAUAUGAUAUGUCAUUUUUUGAUGGGAGGGCUUUUGUCUGGGAGGGCUUUUGUUCGUUUCCCAUAUAUAAUGUUAAUAAAAUAAAUUAGUAAUGUGUAUUCUUAUUAUAUUUUUGAGACUUUUGAAAUGUCUUUAAGAAUAUACUUUUUUUGACACAUUACAUUUUUAAAUUUUUUGAUUGUAUAUUAAAAGAUAAAGGUAAGGAAACAUGAUCAGGUUUGGUUAAGAUUUUCUGUGUUGAAUUCUUGAAAGUAAAAAAAAAAAAAUUACAUGUAUUUCCUUUUUGUGUUUGAUAAUUUUAACACUGAUUUAGCAAAGAAAUUGUUCAGCUAUGCUUUGUGUGUGUUAUGUUUUUACUGUAAGAAAAGAAUAUUGAAAACUUUAUCACAAUGAAAAAAUCAGUUGCAUCAAACAAACUUUGCUUAACAUUAUUUAAUUCUUACCAUUGGAUUAUAAUUUUGCAUUUCUAUUUGUUUUGUUUCUUUCUAAUUGUUAAACUUUGGCAUACAUGUAUUUGUUGAUUUAAUGCUUUGAUUAACUAUUUAAAACAAACUUGGUAAAAUAUUAUUACAUGACUUUCUGAGUUAUACUAUUUUGGCGGAUGUUGACCAAAAAAAAACCCAAUUCAUUAAUUUAUCAAACUAUAAUGCACACCAGAAUUAAGUGUACUUUUAUAUUCUAUAUGCAGUGUACUUUUGAUAAGCCAAUCACCCGGAAAUUGUUCAAUUAUUAUCGUGAAGAAAGGACUUAGUUUAUUAUUUUCUUUAUUUUUGUAAAAAAAAAAUAAAGCUGAAAUUUGAAAAAAAA